GUUGGCACCUCUACUCCAGGUGCUUUUUAGGCGCGAAAGAAUCGCCAGUUGUGUUGUGAAACUUACUGUUUUUUAUUACAACAAAGAUAAUUCAAUCAAUUACGAGUUUAUAAUUAUUAAUUCGCAAUGGUAAACGGCAAGAAUUACGUCUUGAAGAGAGACGGUAGAAAGGAAGAAGUUCACUUCGAUAAAAUCACCUCCCGGAUUCAGAAACUAUGUUAUCGUUUAAAUAUGGAUAUUGUCGACCCUGUGUCAAUUACACUAAAAGUAAUUGGUGGGUUAUAUCCAGGAGUUACCACAGUGGAGUUGGACACUUUGGCUGCAGAAACAGCAAUUGUUAUGGGGGCUGACCACCCUGAUUACGCCACUCUUGCAGCAAGGAUUGCAGUUUCUAAUUUACAAAAACAGACCAAAAAACACUUCUCAGAUGUAAUAAGCGACCUUUACCACGCUGUCGAUCCGCAAACAGGCGAAAAAACCCCAUUAAUCUCCGAUCAGCAUUACGAAAUAAUCAUGAAAAACGCCUCUCGUUUAAAUUCGUGCAUUGUUUACGACCGGGAUUUCUCCUACAAUUACUUCGCCUUCAAACUACUCGAACGUUCCUACUUAUUUAAAAUAAACGGAAAGACAGUAGAGCGCCCCCAGCACAUGCUAAUGCGUGUGGCUGUCGGCAUCCACGGCGAAGACAUCGACUCAGCCAUCGAAACGUACAAUUACAUGUCCGAGGGAUAUUUCAUUCACUCAAGCGCCACACUCUUAACAGCCGGCACACCUUACCCUUACCUACCCUCAACUUACUCCAUCGCAAUGCCCGACGAUAGUCUCGAAGGCAUUUACGAAUGCAUCUCCAAUUGCAUCAAAAUUUCAAACACCACCGGACGCAUCUCCGUCCACAUCCAAAAUAUCCGAGCCAAAGGAACGGAAAUCGCCGGCACGAACGGCGUCUCCAACGGUUUGGUGCCAAUGUUGCGUGUUUUCAACAACUCGGCUUGGUUGAACCGCCAAAGCGAGAAUCAACCCUCAAACCAAGCGAUUUUUCUCGAACCGUGGCAUGCCGACAUCCUUGAUUUUCUAAAUUUGAAACGAACGACAGGGAAAGAUGAGUACCGGGCACGUGACUUACAAUACGCACUGUGGGUGCCUGAUUUGUUCAUGCACCGGGUGAAAAACGACGAGAAAUGGUCCCUGAUGUGUCCACACCAAGCGCAAGGUCUCCCCAAUUGUUGGGGCCAAGAGUUUGAAAAACUGUACGAAAAGUAUGAGAGUGAGGGGCGGUUUGUUAAACAAAUCCCGGCACGGGACGUCUGGCGCGCGAUCUGCGUCUCACAGAUGGAAACAGGCUCGCCCUAUAUUUUGUACAAGGAUGCUUGCAAUAAAAAAAGCAACCAGCAAAAUUUAGGGACGAUCAAAAGUAGCAGUUUGAGCACCGAAUCAAUUCAAUACAGCUCUUCUGACGAAAUUGCCGCUUGUAUUACGGCCUCAGUUGCACUAAACAUGUUCGUGAAUCCGGAACGGAACGGUUACGAUUUCGAAAAGUUGAAACAAGUGGUCAAGACCUUAACCAAAAAUCUCAACAAGGCGAUAGACGUAAGUGCGUACCCGAGCCCUGAGGCUCGAACGUCGAAUUUGAGACACCGACCGAUCGGAAUAGGGGUGCAAGGUUUGGCCGAUACUUUCAUUCUCCUGCGUAUGCCGUUUGAGAGCCCGGAGGCUCGUUCACUCAAUGUGCAAAUUUUCGAAACUUUGUAUUAUGCCGCCUUGGAAGCAAGUUCCGAAAUUGCCGAAAGAGAUGGGCCGUACUCGACCUACGACGGCUCGCCCUUGAGCCAGGGGCGCCUACAGUACGACAUGUGGGGUGUGGAACCCACCAAACUGUGGGAUUGGGUUGCCCUUAAGCAAAGAAUAGCAAAACACGGGGUUCGAAACUCGUUACUUGUGGCCUUAAUACCGACAAUUUCCACGGCCCAAAUUUUGGGCAAUAACCAAUCCAUCGAACCGUACUUGUCCAAUGUGCAAGUCAGGCGCGUGAAUUCGAGCGAAUUUCGCGAUGUUAACCAACACCUUUUGAAAGAUUUGACCGAGAGGGGUCUCUGGACCAGCGAUUUGAAACAAGAAGUUAUUGAGAGAAAUGGUUCAGUUCAAAAUAUUGCCGGGAUCCCGGACGAUUUGAAAUGUAUCUAUAAAACAGUCUGGGAGAUUCCGCAAAAAAUCGUUAUUGAAAUGGCAGCCGAUCGGGGGGCGUUUAUUGACCAAAGCCAAGCGAUGAAUGUUCAUAUUGGGGCUCCAAGUUACGCGGUUAUGUCGUCGAUGCAUUUCUAUGGUUGGCAGAAAGGUCUCAAAACUGGGAUGUAUAAUUUGAGAACGAAUCCAGUGAGUGUUGUGCAAAAUGGAAACAGGAGCAAAGUAAGUGUGGUGCAGGAAAAUGGAGAGAAAAGUGAUGAUAUGAAGAAGUCGCCAGAGGAGGAUGCGGCACUUCAGUGCUCGUUGCAAAAUCCCGGAGCUUGUGAAAUGUGCAGUGCCUAAUUUUUUUGUUCUUCAAAAACUGUUUUUGUAUUUCUAUCAAUAAAUGAGUUUGUUCUUUCAA